AUGGGCAUCCAGGCCCAGCCCAGCUCCCUGUCAUGCAUCUGGAUGCUGCUGCUCACAGAUCUCUUUGCUCUUUUACAAAGAUGUAAUUUUACAUACUUGGGUAUCCACCAGCCAUUCUAUGGGGGUACUGGUGGUAACCGAAAUAAAGAAGUUUUACAGAAGGAUAAAUCAACUAAACCUGAAGGAAAACAUGAAGGUGUCUAUAGAGAACUGGUUGACGAGAAAGCUCUGAAGCACAUAACAGAAAUGGGCUUCAGUAAGGAAGCAUCAAGGCAAGCUCUUACGGAUAAUGGCAACAACUUGGAAGCUGCAUUGAAUGUACUUCUUAAUAGCAAUAAACUGAAGCCUGUUACGGGUCCACCUCUGAGAGGUAAAGGAAAAGGCAGGGGGCGAGUAAGAUCUGAAGAUGAAGAAGACCUGGGAAAUGCAAGACCGUCAGCACCUAGCACAUUAUUUGAUUUCUUAGAGUCUAAAAUGGGAAAUUUGAAUGUGGAAGAACCUAAAUCACAACCUCAACAACUUCAUCAGGCACAGCAUAGAUUUUCUAAUGUGGAACAAAAUGGUGUAAGAGAUAAUAAUCAAUCAAGACAUCCUCCUCGAAAUGAUACCAGGCAGCUAAGAAAUGAAAAGCCUCCUCGUUUUCAAAGAGACACUCCAAAUUCAAAGUCCAUUUUUGAAGGUAGUGGAUUACCUAGAAACAGAGGUUCUGAAAGGCCAACUUCUUCAGUAAAUGAAGUAUGGUCUGAAGAGAGAAUCAAGUGUGAUAGACCAUAUUCAAGAUAUGAUAGAACUAAAGAGCCUACAUAUGCUUUGAGUUCUCAGCAUAAUGAAGGUGCUUUUAAAAAAAGAGAUAACUCUAUGCAAAGUCGACCAGGAAAAGGUUCAUCUUACGCAGAGGCAAAAGAAAAUCCAUUUCUUGAAGAAUCCAUUGAUUAUAAUAAUCAAAAACGAGGGAAAAGAGAAAUUCAAAUGGCAGAUCCUGAUCAUUUUUAUGACAGAAAACCACGAACAGUAAAUAAUGAAGCUUUCAGUGGUGUAAAACUUGAAAAACAUUUUAAUGUACAUACUGAUUACCAGAAUCCUGUCCGAACUAAUAACUUCAUUGGUGUUCCAAAUGGUCAGAAUGAUGUUCCUCUC